UCAGGCUGCAGGGCCGGGCGAGAGCAGCUGCAAGGUGGGCCUGCGUGCAUCGAUCGCCCUGGGGAAGAUGCCGGCCUGCCUGCUGCCCGGGCUGGCGCUGUGCCUGCUGCUGGUGCCUCUGGCAGGGGCCAAGCCGUUGCAGGAGGAGGGAGACCCCUAUGCCGAGCUGCCGGCCAUGCCCUACUGGCCUUUCUCCGUGUCUGACUUCUGGAACUACGUGCAGCACUUCCAGGCCCUGGGGGCCUACCCCCAGCUGGAGGACAUGGCCCGAACCUUCUUCGCCCACUUCCCCCUGGGGACCACCCUGGGCUUCCACGUCCCCUACAGGGAGGAGUAAGCAUCCGGGCCAGGGGCCCCCCGCCCCAUGGGAGCUGGGCGGCCUCGUCCUCAAUAAACUCCUGACUUGAGUGCACCAUA